UCAGUAAGGAGGAUUGAGAUCCAGUUUUGUCGGGAAGGAAUAAUUACACCUGAGAAAGAAACGGUUCGAUCUGCUGAAGAAAAUAAUAGUAUAAAAAUGGUUGAUCGAGCUUCUAACCAGGAUGACGAAUUCUAUAGAAAUCUAUCUCGUAGGUGUUCCGGAUUGAAAGACGUCCCUAUUGUUUCUUUACGACUGGAGCUUUUAAUUAAUGAAAUUAAUCCGAUGGUGAUACCUGAAAGUGACACCAUGGCUGAUGGAAGUGGAUUAUCAAAUGCGAGAUCAAAUGAAACAAAACCAGAAAUGCUACCAGCUCACGCAAAAACUUCACAUCAGGAUACUAGUACUGUUGGGGCUAAUAAUCGGUGGGUCCUUGACAUCAUUCAAAAUUUGAAGCCCACUAUAUUAGAGCAGUCUUAUCUAGAACGAAGUCUGCUUACAAGUGAUGAACCUAGCCUACCACAUACAAAGCAGGCUCGACAGCAGACUACAUAUGCACCAGAAUUAUCCACUCCAGAGCCAUCUAUUGUUUCACCGAACAAUUUAGAUCAGGAUGAUUGCAACUCAUCUAGUGAUGAAGAGGAUCUAAUGUCCUUUGAAUCAGGUAGUGAUAGAACCGAAACCAAUUUGGUACAGAUAAUUAAGAAACCAAGUUUAACUGAUAGAGCACAUGUGAAUGAAAUGAGGGAUUUAUUUGUUGAAUAUUUGCAAAUACAAGCAUCAAUAGCAGCACCUACGCCGAGACCUGACACAGGAAUGCCUCUAAAUUUGGUAAUCCCCACAGUUUCGGAGGAAUUUUUAGCAACUGAUGAAGAAAGGAUACUUUCUAAAAUUGCAUCUCCGGAAAAAUCAACAGAAGCUGACAAAGUCGCCACUCUCAUUCAAGAUGAAGCUGAUCUGGCAGUUGUAACUUUUAAGUCUUUCCUUCACUCAAUCCAAGAGCAAAACGAUGCUAUGUAUUAUGAAGAAAUGCAGUUAAUGCUGAAAAAGCACAGGCAUUUAGCUAAAACAUGCUAUGAUUCUGCUGUUGCCUUAUUUGGAGAAGGCCUUGCAAGCUUCGUGCUGAAAGAAUAUGAAGAAUCGUUUGAGAAGUUUAGAGAAGCAGAAUUAAUCCUUCAAGAUUGUGUUUGUUUUGAUAAGUCUAUUUCUAAUGAUUUGUCAUUGUGCCUCAUGUACAUGGGAGAUGUAGAGAUCAGUCAAGGUCACUAUAAAUCAGCUCUAGAAUAUUAUGAGAGAGCCAUUGCUUCCCAUCUGCACCAUAGUCCACCAUCACAAUUGGAAGAAAUUUUUAAAUUGGAAAGGACAACCCUUUCUGCUAUGUUAUCAAAGCAUGCUCUAUCUCUUUGUAACAAUGAUUGUGUUGUUGAUUCUGAGGAAAGAUAUAAACAAGCCGUGUCCUAUCCUGACACCACUCCUUCAGAUAUCAUAAUGGCUCAUACUGGUUUAGGUAAUCUCUUACACAGUCUUGGUAGUAAUGAAAAGGCUGCCCCAGAGUAUCUUGCUGCUAUAGACAUUGCUGAAAAGGAAAAGGAUUACCUGUCACUUGCUUGGGCCCAUGGUAACCUUGGCAACACGUACCUGAGCUUAGGAAAGAGGGAAAAAGGUCUUAGCCACCUCCAGACCUCUCUUGAUCUCACCCUUGAGCAUGAUUUUGAUCCUUCCUCUAUUAGUCGUGCUCUCAAUAACCUUGGUACUGCCUAUCAGUCUUUGAAUGAGCUGGACAAAACUGAGAUAUAUUUUGAUCAAGCUCUCUCUCAAGCUAUUUAUGCUAAUGAUGUGGUUGCCCAAGCCAGAGCUUAUGGCAACAUUGGUAAUGUGUACAUGUUGCUCAAGGAUUUCUUGAAGGCUAUUCCACACUACACUGAAGUCCUGAGGCUUAGCAGGGACAGGUCUACUGUAUAUGUUGCUUAUCAUAAUCGUGGUUGUGCUCUGUUUGAGUUAGCUGAGAAGAAGAAAGGUGAGCAAUACCAAUUCACUAAAAGAGGUGAGUUCCAGUUUAUUGCUAUUGGGCCUGAUACAGGAGAUAUGGAUUACAAGCACCAGCCUGAUGAAGAGUUGGAUGGUCAUACUACUGAGUUAUACCAGCAGGCACUCAAAGAUCUCAGAAAAGUCAUCAAAAAUGUUGAAUCAACUCUUUCUCAUUCAAGUUCCAGCACUAUUGGUUUGGAUCUUUAUCUCUCUUUGUUUCACAUCAACGCCAAGACCUUCCAAAGAGCCCAAGACUGUGCCUUUAACCUCAGAGACCAUUACCUCUCACUUACUAUUGCCGAGCAAGUCAGAGCUCGUACACUUGGUGAGCUACUCCUCAAGCGCAAAUCACACCAACUGCCUACCACAUUCAGCACUCCUCUUAAUAUUGAUGCAAUUAAACUUGCAGUUGAAUUACUACCUGACCCUUAUACCCCUGUGGUUGUACUCUCUUACACUGGUACUAGACUACUGGUAUGGGUACUAGUAUUUGAUGGUAAGACAGUGUCAGUUAAUUCCUUUGAGCAGGAACCAGAUGAGGAGCUAUUUGGGAAGCAACUUGAUAUGUAUCUUCGAUAUGAGCUAGCUGAUGACCUCACUGGUAAUAUUGACCUUUAUGGAGAGGAGGAAGAAAGUGGAGAAAAAACAAAAAAACUAGUGAAAAAAGAAAAAGGGGCCAAAAGGAGCGGUCCUGCUAGAAAGAGAAAAAUCCUAUCUGAUCUUUACAAGAUGAUAGCUAAGCCAUUGGAAGCUAUACUCAAAGCAGUUAUACCAGAGCCUAUUCUUCACUCAAGGGGUCCUCACAAGCUGAUCUUAAUCCCUGAUAAUAGCACCAAAAUGAUUCGAUUCAAUGCUCUACUAAACGAAGAAGGAGGAGUUUAUUUUGGCGAUAAACAUACGCUACAGUUUUUUCCUUCUCUCCUUUGUCUGAGUGUAAUGUCACAAGCUCCUCCUACAGUGAUUCGCAUCAAUGGAAACACUACUGGUGGUGUCCUCAUUGUUGGUGAUCCAUCUAUACCAGCUUUCAAGUUUGAAGGAGAAGAUUGGACUCCCGGACCUCUACCUCAUGCCAAGAAGGAGGCACAAUGCGUCGGGCAUCAUAUGAGAACACCACCAUUGCUUGGGGGAGAGCCAACAAAGGUGUUAUCAAAACUGAGCCAAGCAAAGUUGAUUUAUUUAGCUACACAUGGCUCAGCUACUUAUGGGUUUGUUCUAUUAACUGGUCAUUGUUAUGAUAGACAAACAACAUUCACAUCAUCUCUUCGCUAUCAUGAAGAUGAAAAAAAGCUGUUGCUUUAUGCAAGUGAAAUUGAGUCUCUUCGUUUACAGUCUUGCCUUGUAAUACUCAGCUCGUGUGAUUCUGGCCGGGGGAAGUUUAAGGGAGAUGAAAUACAAGGAAUGUCCUGCUCUUUUCUAUUAGCAGGAGCAGCUGCUGUGAUGACAUCAUUAUGGAAGGUCCCCGAUCAAUCUGCAUCCUAUUUCAUGCAGUAUUUCUAUUGUUAUCUUCAUGAUGGUCACACCAGUAGUGGUGAUGUCCUCAUUAUUGGUGAUCCAUCUACACCAGCUUUCAAGUUUGAAGGAGAGGACUGGACUCCUGGGCCUCUACCUCAUGCCAAAGCAUUCAUAUCACUUAAUCUGAAAAUAGAAGAGCUUCAAGUAAUUAAUAUUUAA